UAGAUCCACGCAAUCUAAAAUUUUCUAAAAUGUACAGUAGAUUACGUGGUUCAAAGAGAAGAACUUACUAUAGUACUAGUGAAGAUGAGGAUUCUGGAGAUAAUGAGAAUAAUGAAAAUAUAUAUAAAAGUACGAGUAGUGAUACACGGAGAUUCUUGUCACAAGAUAGUGGCACAAAAGAAAUGAAAAAAAAUGCUAAAAUAAUUGAGCGCAAGGCAUUUUCUCAAGCAAGUUCAAGCGAGUAUUCUGACAGAUUAUCCAAUGAAAGGCUAAAAAGAGAAUCUAAAAAUAUAAAUGAACAAGAAGAAUUAGAUUUAGCUGGAAGAGUUAUACGAUAUAUAUUUACUAUAGAAAAAAAAAAAAACGCUAUAACAAAAGCACAAAUUAUUAAAAAUGUCUUUGGAGGAAGUACAAAGAACUAUUCUCAGAUUUUGCAAAAAACUAAGUUACUCUUAUCACAGGUGUUUGGAUACCAACUGGUAGAUAUAGGUAGCAGUAAAUACAUCAUUGUAAAUGAAAUCGACAACAGCAUACCGCAUCUGAAUUUUAACAAAUCUACUAAAGCCGAACAAGUUCUUCUAUUUAUAAUACUUUGUCAUAUCUUCAUGUACGAAGAUGCAUGCACAGAAGAAAACUUGUGGGAUUUUCUAACACGCUUAAAAAUUAUAAAGGAAGAUAACUUUCAGCAUCCUUAUUUUGGAGAUGUUAAAAAACUAGUUACUGUGGAUUUUGUAGCGCAACAGUACCUUGAGAAAAAAGUAUUAAAUAAAGGAGAUUCAGAAAAAUAUGAAUACAAAUGGGGACCUCGUGCAGAAAAUGAAGUAUCUUAUCGUGACAUCUUAGAAUUUGUAUCAAAGGUAUAUGGGGGAAGGUCGUUAAAUAGUUGGCCAUUACAAUACAAAACUAUGUUAGAGAAAGAAGGUGCUAACGUUUAAAUUUCAUCCAAAGUUUUUAAUUAUAAAGAAAUGUUUAUAUUUUGUAAUAAAUAUUUGAAUAUUAA